CAACACUUUCUCUCACUUCACUUCACUCUCUUCUAUUCACUCUUUCUCUCUCUAGAACCCCGUUCCCUCUUUCUCUCUCUAAAACCUGUUCCCUCUCUCUCUCUUCUCUUCUCUCUCGCGUAUGAUUAUUUCAGAUCAGGCCGCACCAACAACCAUUUGAAGCUGCUUCUAUCCAUCCAUGGCGGCUUCUCCUUCCUCUUCUUCUUCCAAGCUCUGCUUCAAUUCUCUCUGCAAGGAAUUCAAGUCUGAAAGACCUAAGAAAGCUUGGAGACUUCGUACCGGAGACCUAGCCGAGCUUUGUGAUCGAUGCGGCUCUGCUUUUGAAGAAGGGAGGUUCUGUGAGAUUUUUCACUCAAAUACUUCAGGUUGGAGGAAUUGUGAGACUUGUGGCAAGCGGAUUCAUUGUGGGUGUAUUGUUUCAAGUCAUGCCUACGUGUUGUUGGAUCCUGGAGGAAUUGAAUGCUUUGCAUGUGCCCGCAAAAGUAUUAUUUUGCCAUCUAACGUGCCAUGGCCCCAAUCAUUUCCCGUUCAUAAUCGUUUACCGGAGAGAUUUAGAGACCUGUCUGCCAAAAGUUGGAACCAAUUAGCUGGAUCAGGUCCUGUACCGUGGAAGCAAGCACCCAGUCUCUUCAAUUCAGCUUCUUCCUCUGACUUAGUUCCAGAAGUUCCCUCUGUAGUUGAUUUAUCAAAUAGCUUCGACAAGAUUUACGGCAAUGAAAGGUUACCUGCUCCGUCCUUAGAAAAGAAAAAUGAGGAUUUUCCUGGAAUAUCAGUUAAUUGGAAUGUCAAGCUCGGUCCACGGGAAAUGAUGCUUUUGAAUGGAAUGAGAAAUGAGGACAAAUCAAGUUCGUGUUUAAGCAUGUGCUCACAGCCUCCUUCUAUGAAGGAAGAUUCAUCUCCUCAACCAUUUGGUUUGUCUAUACCUUAUUCAUCCCCAAAUGAAAGAAAUGGUCAAAUUGGGGUAACUGGAAGUCAUCCACAACAAACUCCACCUCCUCCAGGAAAGCAAUUUAAUGGCUCUAUGCAUUUAUCGCUUGACUCAUCUGGUGAUGCUCAAGUUCGGAAUGGGCGGCCUCGAGCAGAUGCCCGGGGAAGAAAUCAGUUACUGCCACGGUACUGGCCCAGGUGCACUGAUCUGGAGCUGCAGCAAAUAUCUAUUGAUUCGAAUUCUAUAAUUACUCCCUUGUUUCAAAAAACGUUGAGUGCUAGUGAUGCUGGGCGAAUUGGGCGUUUAGUGCUACCCAAAAAGUGUGCUGAGACUUACUUCCCACCAAUUUCUCAGCCGGAAGGACUGCCGCUUAAGAUCCUUGAUGCAAAAGGCAAGGAAUGGAUAUUUCAGUUUCGCUUCUGGCCCAACAAUAACAGCAGAAUGUACGUUUUAGAGGGUGUCACUCCAUGCAUUCAGUCCAUGCAGUUACAAGCAGGUGACACAGUAACAUUUAGCCGGUUGGAGCCAGAAGGGAGGUUGGUUAUGGGAUUUAGAAAGGCUUCAAGUGCUAUGCCAUCUGAUCAGGAUAAUGACACUAAUAAGAAUGGAAAUGGAUUUUCUGCACAUGGUGAAGUUGAAUUGGCAGAUCCUAAUUCAUGGUCUAAAGUUGAUAAGUCAGGAUACAUAGCAAAAGAAGCACUGGGGAGCAAAUCUUUAAAAAAGAGAAAGACCAGCAUAUUGGGUUCAAAGAGUAAACGUCUAAAAAUUGAAAGUGAGGAUAUGAUAGAGCUGAAAAUUACAUGGCAAGAAGCUCAAGGCCUGCUCCGACCCCCUCCUAACCUUAUCCCAAGCAUUGUGGUGAUUGAAGGUUUUGAAUUUGAGGAAUAUGAGGAUGCUCCAGUGCUUGGAAAGCCAACAAUUUUCACCAACGAUAAUGAUGGUGAAAAGAUCCAGUGGGCUCAAUGUGAAGAUUGUAUGAAGUGGCGCAAAUUGCCAGCGAACGCUCUUCUUCCAUCAAAAUGGACAUGUUCUGAUAAUGCAUAUGAUAUAGCAAGAUCUUCUUGCUCAGCUCCUCAAGAACUGACAGCGGAACAGCUUGAAAAUUUGCUACCCUCUUGUAAUUCAGUAGUUUCCAAGAAGAUGAAGGCCACCAAGCUGGAUCCUGACAAUGCUGAAGCUUUGGAGGGACUUGACACACUUGCAAAUCUAGCUAUUUUGGGAGAGGGUGAGGCACUCCCAUCAUCCGGCCAGGCCACAACUAAACACCCGCGUCAUAGACCCGGCUGCUCUUGCAUUGUCUGCAUUCAGCCUCCCAGUGGAAAGGGCCCCAAGCAUAAGCAGACAUGCACGUGUAAUGUCUGCUUGACAGUGAAGCGUCGUUUUCGCACCCUCAUGCUACGGCGGGAGAAGAAACAAUCAGAAAAAGAAGCAGAGACAGCACGUAAAAAGCAGCAGCAGCAGCAACAUCCUCAGCCAUUACCGACGUCUGAAAUUUUGCUUUAUGAUGAUUCCUUACCUUGCAACACCGGUGAUAGUAGUAGCCCAAACCAGAACAAAGAGGGCAAUGAUGGUUCUGAUGACGAUCCUAACCGGAUAAAAUCAUCCGUUUCGCCAUUCAAAGGCCAGAUUGACCUCAAUAUCCAGCCCGAGCGAGAAGAGGAGUUAUCACCGGGUUCAGAUUCUGGUGGCAUGAUGAAGUUGCUCCAUGAUGCCAAUGAUAGGUAUCUCCCCAAGCAUCAGACUGUGUUGAACUCCGGUACCGGAGAUUCAUCAGGUAGUCAAUCACAGCAGAUAGGAGAUGGAGUGAGGGAAGAGAAACAUAGUAAUGGUGUUGUUGCACAUGGCAGUAGUAGUCAUAGUACGGAUAAGGAACAUACCCAAUCUUUACCUAUGAAUGUGUGAAAAUCAUAUAUUGCUACUAGCCAUAACUGACACAUUCUUGCUAAAGCUAUCUUGAAGUGGGGAAAGAUUUUGGUGUAAUGUAUCCUACCACUUCGGCAUUUUACUUUUUCACGUUUGUUGUACAUAAAGAGGGUUAGGGAAAAAAGAUAUGGGAAUUGGUGAAAAACCAACAUAUUCUGGUACUAUAAAUUGGAACAUCAUAGUGGUUUGUGUAGGGAAAUUAUGAAAUGCAGCUGGUUAAGGUUGUAGGUUGAAGCUAUCUAGUUUCUUUUGAGAGCUCACCGUGUUACCUGAUUUUAACAACAUUGAAAAAUGUAACUAGGUCUAAUUUCUUUUCAAAUUUUUCUUAUCCCGUAA